AUGGCCGAAAUGCAGUAUAACCAGGAGCGUCCGGCCCAGGACGAGGAACCGGGGGAUUCGAUACGCCGAGCAGACGACGAGGACGCGGCGACUGCCGAAAACGUGCGGCGUGUCUCCAAGAAACGGUUGUACCGGGACCCAGCACGGGCCCAGUCCUACUUGCGCGGGUGGCAGGCCCGCGGAGCCGACGUGUGGCGGAGACUGCAAAAGUCCAAAUCCGUGCCGAUGAACUGGCCAAUGCCCGGCUUCGCGCCGUUUCAAACGCCGUCGCAGCCGACCGACGUCGCGACGGUCCAAACGCCGCCACAGCUGCCCGACUUCGCGCCGUUUCAAACGCCGCAGCAACUGACCGACUUCGCGCCGUUUCAAACGCCGCAGCAACUGACCGGCUUCGCGCCGUUUCAAACGCCGCAGCGACUGCCCGGCUUCGCGCCAUUUCAAAUUCCGCCGCAGCUGGCCGGCUUCGCGCCGUUUCAAACGCCGUCGCAGGAGUCGCCGGAGGUUUCGGGGCAGCAGUCGAACAGCGCGAUGCGGUUUGGGAUGCCGGAUAGGAUCAGCGGACGAUCGCGACGUCGGGCGAAGAAGAAGCGCCAAUUGGCGGACCUCAAGGAGAGGAUGGCGGCAGCCCAGAUUUUAGUGCAAAUGCGCAAUGUCGUUUUGCACGGCGAUCCGAUGGAUCAGCCGUCGACAUAUUGA